AUGUGGGACCCACAGCAAUCCGUGUCUGUCUCUUAUACACAUCUAGAUGUGUAUAAGAGACAGACCCUGGGGUUCUUGGCCUUCGCUGUGGCGGCGGUGGUGGAGUGGCCGGUCGGAGUUCUGGUUUACUGUUUCCGCCACCACAAGGGCCGCCGUAUCAUGGGGCAUCCGGCCACCGUCGUUUACCCGUCGGUGUCUAAUGCGGUUCCUAUUUGAGAGACGCAUUUAAUGCGGUUCCUUAACAUGCUUUUUUUAUUUUUAUUUCAUUUUCUUUUUCUGUUUAAGUUGAAUGUAUACUAAUAAUAGUGGAUGACAUGUAAGAGUAAAAAUAAUAGUCUAAAUAUACCCUAUGGAUAGCCCAAAAUAAUAAUAAUAAUAAUUUAAUAAAUAAAUCUAGUUGAAUUCAGUUAUU